AUGUCGGCUGCACCUUCCAGUAUGUUUGAACUGGAGAGCGGCUUGUUCGGCCCAGGUUCGCUGUGUAUGUCGGGAGGACACUUCCGCCCGUGCGAAGAGAUGGACCUUCGGGAGCUUAACCAGCUUUAUCACACGACCUGGGCCGACAUUGGUCUUUAG